CUGUUAGAGUUAUAAUAUAAGUCAUGUACCCCUUUGUAUUUAUCCCGUUGUAUAAGGGGUUUCCUGCAUAUGUUCCACACCUGUACAUGUAUAUAUAUAUCGGCCUAUGGCCUCAUGGGAAUACAAGUUGCCUAUUCCUAACAUGGUAUUAGAGCUAGGUUAAUUUUUUCGCACGCUGCAACUCGUGCGUUCGAUCCCUCCUCUCCAGAUCGAUCAAGAAAUAAAGUAUUAGGUGCGACACGCACCUAUUGCUAUCCAUCGGCGCCUCGUAUUGUUUCGCGUGUGUGCGUGAGUUCCCGGCGAGUUGCUUCAGCGAUCAAGGAGCCGGCGUGAUUGUUUCGUACGUGCAUGUGCAUGUACUAGUUCACGUCAAGAAUCCAUUGACCAGCUUGUUUGCCUGCUUGCUCCUUGUAUACGUACGCGUGUGCGUCGUACAAAGUACGUCGGAAACACCUCUCCCGAUCGGCGAUCGAAGCAGCAGGCCGCAGGGGGCGAUCUCUCUCCUCUCCCGAUUGGUGAUCAAGCUGCCGCUCCCGCUCGAUCUCUGAAUCACAUCGCAGGACUCCAUCGAUCGCUCGAAGGCCGCCUCAGCAUCGCUCGAUCUCAGCAUCGCUCGAAGGCCGCCUCUGCGUGAUCGCUCCGCAGGCCCAGCAGGGGUUCGUCCCGCAGGAAGGUUUCCCUCCCGCACUGCCACCUCCGCCUGAUCGCUCGAUCUCAUCUCUCGCUCGCAGGCCCGACUUUGGAUUCCUAAAAAAAAUGUCUGCUGCAUCGGGCUAUGUUGCUGUCCCUCGCUGCCCGGUGAUCUUUGAUGGUACUAACUACACCGAGUUUACUGGCUUCAUGCGUAUUCACAUGCGUGGCAUCCGUCUUUGGGGUGUUCUUUCUGGCGAGGUCUGCUGUCCGCCACGUCCAGUUCCUCCGGUGGCCCCUACUCCGCCAACUCCAUCGGUUCUUCCUCCGGAUGCUAAUCAGGCCGCCAAGGAUGCGGCUAAGGUUGCUGAUGAGGCUGCUGAUCGUGCUUAUGAUGAGAGGGUUUUGGCUUAUGAGGAGGCUCUUCAGACGUAUCAUUGUGCUCUGUCUGUUUACACCCAGUGGCUUGAUGAUGAUGCUCGUGCUGCAGCUGUUCUCACUGCUAGUGUUCUGCCUCAGUUUGCUUCUGAAUUUCUGGGUCUUUCUACUGUCUUUGAGAUGUGGACCCGUCUUCGUGAGCGCUAUCAGCCCUCUGGUGAUGCCUUAUACCUCUCUGUGAUCCGUCAGGAGCAUGCUCUUCAGCAGGGUGACUCUACUGUUGAUGACUUCUAUGCACAGAGUUCUGCUAUCUGGCGCCAGCUUGAUUCUCUCCGUAGUGCUGGGUGUCGUACCUGCCCCUCUUGCCAGGCUGUCCAGGCCAAUUUGGAGUUUCAUCGCGUCUAUGAGUUCCUGUCUCGGCUCCGUAAGGAGUUUGAGCCCCGGCGUGCUCAGUUGUUUGCUCGUGGCCGUAUUUCUCUCAUGGAGGCGCUUUCUGAGAUUCGUGCUGAGGAGACUCGCUUACGUGGUGCUGGUUUGCUGGAGGUUCCCUCUGUGCUCGCUACUCGUGCUCCUACGCCACCUGCUCCACCGACCCCUUCUCGCUCGAGUGCUCCGCCGCUCUUGCCCACUCCUUCUGGAGGCUCAGGUCGCCCCCGUCCACAUUGCGCCUAUUGCAACAAUGAUGGUCAUCUUGAGUCUCAGUGCUACACGAAGAAGAAACACCUGCGCAAGGCUCGAUCAUCAUCUUCAGGGACUUCGUCAUCUACCUCGACAGCUUCAGCCAUUGCUUUGACUGAGCAGGAUAUUUUGAGACUUAAGCGUCUGCUCGCCGCUUCAGGCUCUUCCUCGACGGGUACUGCCGGUUCUGUGACUGAUGCUUCCCGCACUGAGCAAUCACCCUCUACACAGUCAGGACCGUCACACGCACACUCUGGUUGGGGCUGGCCCUCGCCGCCGUGAUUCUCAGGGUCUUUGGGAGUUGGACUGGCUUCAUGUUCCUUCUGCUGCCACCACCAUCGCCAGUUCUUCCGCUUCUGUCGC